CACGGCUAAGCGGAACUAUUGGUUGUCGUUAGAGACGAUUCCCUUUUUAUUUUGUUAACAUAACAAUCUUUGUGUAUGACUUGAUUCACAAUGAAAGAAAGAGCCUCGUUGGUGUUGUAUUUUAUUUUAAUACCGAGCGUUAUUGUUCAGGCUUUUGAACCUAUAAGCACAAGCAUUCUGACAGGCGCUGGUGUGGCCGCACUGGGAAAGAAACUGUACAAUUAUUUAGUGGAAACAUGUAAUGAGCACUGGGUCGGAUUCAACAAGACUGGUCUUGAAGCAGAUCUGGAGAGCAAGCUGUUCGGCCAGCAUGUAGCAUCUCGUGUUGUCCUCAAAGCUGUGUCCGGCUUCAUGAACGACGAGAACCCGAAGAAGCCCCUCGUCCUCUCGCUGCACGGCUGGACUGGCACAGGCAAAAACUUUGUCAGUCAGCUAAUCGCCAAUAACAUUUAUCAGCGUGGAAUGUCUAGUGGAUUUGUGCACUUGUUUACUGCCACAGCACACUUCCAACAUGAAGCAGAGCUGGAAGUGUACAAGUCCCAACUGCAGCAGUGGAUUAAGGGCAACGUGUCGGCCUGCCCUCGCUCCAUGUUCGUAUUCGACGAGAUGGAUAAGAUGCACCCAGGCCUGAUUGACAGCAUCAAACCAUACUUAGAUUUUUACGAAGUUCUAGACGGAGUCUCCUACCGCCAGGCCAUCUUUAUCUUUCUAAGUAACGCCGGCGGUGAAAACAUCGUGCAGGUUGCGCUGGAUUUUUGGAAAGAAGGAAAGGAUCGAGAAGAGAUUGAGCUGAAACAUUUUGAGGAAGCCCUAUCCCUGUCUGUGUUUAACAACAAGAACAGUGGUUUUUGGCACUCAAGUCUAAUAGAAAAGAACAUGGUGGACUACUUUGUGCCCUUCCUUCCCCUGCAGUACAAACACGUUGUGCAGUGCGGCCGAGCCGAGAUGAUCAGCAAGGGCCAUAAACCCAACGAGGAGGCUGUGGAGCAAAUGGCUCAUGACAUGAACUAUUUCCCUCGUGAAGAGCGUGUCUUUUCCGUGCAGGGCUGCAAGGUUAUCUACAUCAGGCUGAACUUCUACAUCUAAAAAAAAGAAGGAGAGGCUCGAAGCUGUGUGUACUGUUCCUGAAGAGCUGCAGUGGGAUUGAUUUGGAGGAACAUUAUCUAAGCAGGAAGUCCACCUGAACACUAAUCUGAUGUCACGCAUCACAUGUAAAAGGAGCGAGCAGGUUUUUUUUAACUGAUAGCAACGGUUUAUGAUAUUUCUGUUUUUAACAUGAAUCAAUGUUAAAUGAUGCAGGCUUGACUCCUUGUUUGUUUUUUUUACGGAGGAUUCAGGUUUCAUUAUUGAUCUGGUGGCAGUAUGAAUGUGUUUGAAUCUUAAAUGGUCAUUUUUUAUGACCGUAUGUUGUGCAUUGUCAUGCACUAGUAAUGAACAAAAUAGUGGAAGCAUAUAAAAAUGAUGCCAACUGAAAGUAUUUUGUUCAUUACUAGUGCAUGACAAUGCACAACAUACGGUCAUUUUUCAUCAUUUUUAUAUGUAGAGUGUGUAUAUAUAGAAAUGACAACAGCUUAAUGUCAAAAUCCUGCAAUACCUGCCAAUAACACCAUUUUGUCAAUGUCACUAAAAACCUUUUAUAUUUUUGCCAUCGGUGUCCAGCUCAGUGGAUCGAUUAAAUAAAAUAGAUUGUAUUUUUAGUUGGAAUUAAUUAGAAGCAAACCUAGCAGCUAAAGCCAGUUUAGAUAGAUAGAAAAGGUAGAAAAUAGACUGAAAAUGUUUUUGCUUUUUGGGCUACAUGACGGUUUGAUGAUCCACACUUUCACACUGAACAUUUUGUGUUCGUUUGCAGACAUCAGAUGAACUGAUCAUUCCACUUUGAUUACAUCAACUAAACCUGAUGAACUUGAUCUUAUUCUUUA